UUGGCGCAGUACUCAAAUUCACCAAUAGAUGUCAGUCACAUGACAAAUCUUGUAGUCUUAGUAAACACACAAAAUAAAUACCAAAAUAAAACACCCUUUUUUUGCGUCAGCUACAGUGACACUGUUGCUUGAUUGAUUGGCUAAUCAUAGUUAUGUUAUACGUGCGCACACACCAUAUAACAAUAAUAAUCAAAAUUUACAUGCUAUGAUCCACAGAAUAUUUUGCCCACUGAAUAACACUAUUACACAUUUUUUUAUGUUCAGCAUAAAAUCCAUUCAGGCUGAUUUUCUGCUUCUACAUUUAAUUCUUUAUUCAGUUAAAGGGAGGGGGGUUCCAAAGUAAUUAAGUAAUUUACUCGGGUCAAAAUGUAAGUAAAAAUUGAUUUAUAUAUUUCAAAAACACUAAAAACUUCUGCUAAGGAUUUUUUUAAAUCUCUGGCAAUAGAGUAAUUAUAAUAGUUGAAGAUUAGAAAAACUGUGUUGUGUUGUCUACCGUUAGAGUACCAUUUAGAACAGGUGUGUCCACCUCCAGUCCUCCAGGGCUGGUGUCCUGCAUGUUUUAGAUGUUUUCCUGCUUCAGCACCGCCAUGUUGUCAUUGGUGGCUGAUUAACAGGGUUUUGUUAAUCUAAAAUCAUCUGAUUUAGAUGUGCUUAAGCAGGGAAACAUCUAAAACAUGCAGGUCACCCGCAAUCAAAGGACCUACUGUGGACACCCCUGUUUAGAAGCUAAAUCUGUCUUUUUCCGCUCAUCUCGUUUAAUGUCACCUCUGUUAUUUUCCUCCUGACUGUGCAAAAUAUUGGCAGAAACGGUGUUAAGUACUUUUUAAGAAGCUUUUACAUUUUUCACAGAGGGGCUUCUGAAUCACAGAUGGCAUUACCGCAGUAAAAUAAUGUGGCGGUGUGUGUGUUGGACCCCCAAGUCCAUCACGCUACUGUCUGUUGUAAGGCAAGAUGCUAACACUUGCUAGUCUUAAAACAUCCAGUAUAAGCCGCCUGCCUUACCAAAAAUUGUAGAUAGAUGCAACUUACCUUCUGCGUCUUCUCUGACUCUUAGAGGACGACGGACCUCGUUUCUGGAGCGAAGUCUCAGCAUUUUAUUCAAGAAAACGUCAGCUGCUCGCUCGGCCAACUGUCACUGAUGUGUGCUUUAAUGUAGCGCUCUGAGUUGGCACGCGCCGUCAGUUAACUGACCGUUGUUACACUGUUGCAAACGGACUGAGUCAGGACCGAACGCACCGGAGCUCGUGCGUCAACCGUUGCAUUCACGGGGACUGGGAGGCGAGGAACAUCACGGAAAUGCCGCUGCCAAGAUAUGGGAACGAGUCAAGCAGUGAAGAAGAAAAUCAAGAAGACAGGAGCAGAGGGGACGAGAGGAGAGGACAGCGGGAGACAAGGGGACAAAUCCUGGUGUCAAACCUAUCAAGAUUUGGCACCAACAAAGGGAGAUUUGUUCGAGGGUCAGCCGGACGAGAGGAUGGGGCAUGCUGUCCCUGUCUGGCAUGUACAUGCCCCUACCACCUCAAUGCAAGGAACAGGAUGAUAGCCAAUGAGGGUGGACAGAAGAGGGCACUGGAGAAGAGCAAGGCUCUCUUUCUUCAUAAAAGAUACCCCUCCACAGAAGACAAGACCGAACUGCUGGUAACAGGCCUGCAGAUCAAAACCAUUAAUAAAUGGUUCAUUAACUAUAGGUACACUAUGUUUGUAGAACUCCGGAGACGGGCAAGGACAUUAACAUGUGAGAGUACGGAGGCAGAUGUGGACAGACUGGUGACAAGGGGUACAAGAAUUGCCUUCGCCCAUGUCCUUAGCAGUGGGAGAGAGUUGAACGAGUCCUGCAAAGACACUGUGAACGUAUACCUGCAGGCCUGGCUUAAGGCCUUAAAGGAGGGACAGGAUACACAGGCUAAGGCUACCAAGGCAGUCCAGGACAUGGAGGGUGCAUAGUGUCAUCAAUCAUGUUUUGAGCACUGUGUGUGUACUUUGUUUGACAUUGUUCAUUUUAUCACAUAGUUAUUGGCAUUUUUUCUGCAUCAUACAUUAAAACA